AUGUGUCUGGUGCCAUCCGAAAUGGGCAACAAGCCCUCGGUCUCCGAAGGCGAAGAGGAAGAAGAGCGACCCACCCAGGCGCUCAAAGGCGCCAAAUCUCUCGGUUCUGAAUUAGCGAAUGGCAGCGGUGCAGCUGAAGAUGCCGACGAAGAGUUGGAGCUGCCACCACCGAUGAAACCGAUCCAGGAACCGAUCUUGGUCACGUCGCCACCUCCCGGGGUUCCCGGCGUGCCAGAGAUCGAAGAGAACCCUUGUAAAAGAGAGCAACAUUCAGAAAACCAGGAACGUCAUUCUCUUAUGCGAGAUGCCAAGUCAGAAAAUGCCAUUUCGGAGUACGGAGGGGAUCUGUCAGCUCAAGGUUUCUCCAACGAAGCCACAGGGUUGGCUUUCAGCGGCGAUGAAAGCGACAAGCCAUCCGAAGAUAACAUGGACACCGCCAAAAAGACAGAAAUCUUAUUGAGGAAAAGGGAAUACGUUCUGCAGGAGUUGAUAGAUACCGAAGAAGCGUACGUUAGAGAUUUGUCUUUAAUCGUUGAUGGUUACAUAGCUACUCUGAAAGAUCCCGAAUGUGAAAUACCCAUGCCAGAGGAUUUGAAGGAUGGAAAGGACAAACUAGUCUUUGGAAAUAUCGAAGUCAUUUAUGAUUGGCAUAAAAACUUUUUCUUAAAAUCCCUAAAACAAGCCGUAGAAAAUCCCAUUGAACUAGCUUCGCUUUUCAAACGUUAUGAACGCAAAUUACAAAUGUACGUUAUCUAUUGUAAGAACAAACAUGUAUCCGAAUAUAUAGUUUCCGAAUACCUAGAGACCUAUUUCGAAGAUUUACGGGUAAAAUUAGGACAUAAGUUACAACUUUGUGAUUUGUUAAUCAAGCCUGUGCAAAGAAUCAUGAAAUACCAAUUGAUGCUUAAGGAUAUUUUGAAAUAUACUGAAAGGGCGGGGAUAACAGCGGAGAUUGAACCGCUUAGGGCAGCAUACAAUAUAAUGGUGAUCGUACCAAAGACUGCUAAUGAUAUGAUGGAUGUUGGAAGACUACAAGGAUUUGAGGGUAAAAUUACUGCACAAGGAACUCUGCUUCUGCACGGAAUGUUAACAGUUUCCGAUCUACCUGGAUCGAAUCCAAUCAUAGGCAAAAACAAGGAUUUGCAUGUAUUUUUCUUCGAACAAAGUAUUAUUUUUUCUGAAGUGGUAGGAAAGAAGACGCAGUUCACUAGUCCGCAAUAUAUUUAUAAAGCUCAUAUUCAAGUCAACAAAAUGUCCCUAAGCACAAAAGAAGACUGUUUUAUAUUAGAAUCGACGGAUCCUAGUCGUUGCCUGGGUUUCGUCCUGCAAGCGGGAACAGUAGAUUUGCAAGAACAAUGGUUGAUCACUAUCCACGACACCCUUCAAAAACAGAGGGACUUCCUUAAGGCCAUCCAAAGUCCCAUAGCCUACCAGAAAGAGUUAACCACUAAAGAAGCUUCCUUAUCCGACCUAUCAGUGUGGGAAGUGGCGCCCCUAAGAAGAGCCCUACCUCAUGGAUCGCCCGCAGAGCCCAGCAAGUCCCACAAAAAGAACCAUUACGUUCACAAGGCUAACACCAUUGGUAUCCCAUCGGAAGACGAUUUGAACGAUAGCAAAAACAAUAAUCCACGCUCGAGACUGAACUUUUUCGAAGGCUUUAAGAAUAGUUUGAGAAACAAGCAUAAGAGUGAUACUGUGGUGUUGGAAACCGCGAAGGAGAAUAGCGAGAAGGGUGAUAUGCACAGGAGGUGGUCGGAAGCUAAUCAUACGGCGGAUCAUCUAGUAAUGCCUCCCGGUACUCAAGCGCGUUUGGUCUGUGAAUGGCCGCACCUUAACCUGGGGGACUUAGUCACGAUCAUCCGCUACGACCCAACCCAAGGAUAUUUCGUCCGAACCAGUUCUAGCCUGGAAGAGUUUUGGAUUCCUGCUCACGUUCUAGCUAAUUACAGUAGGAAACUGUGGUCUUUUAGGUUAAAGAAACCGAGAAAAUCUCUGGAAGGAAUCCUUUCGGAGAACCCGGACCGUUGUGUACCAGAAUUUCGUGAUAGACUGAAAGAUAUUACCGUUCAGAGUGGAUCCAAGGUGGUGUUUAAGUGUAGGGUCAAGAAUUGGAAUAGGAACACGAGGCAAACUUGGAAGAAGAUGGAACCAAAUGUCGUUGUAUUGCAUAACGGCAAGUUUGUGCAAGGUGAUAACGAAGGAGGCAUAGCGUUGAUGGUGAUAGAAAACGCCAGAGCUUCAGAUGCAGGUACCUAUUGCUUGACAGUAUCCAACGAAUUCGGGAGUAUCACAUGUACGGCCAAAUUGUCCAUCACAAGCAGCUAUCCUCCUAUACCAGAACCGAAAAUUCAAGUCAUAUCGUGUUCAAUUGAGAAUUUGAUUCCUGGGGAAACUUACAGUUUUAGGAUCGUGUCUGCUCAGAACAACGUCGUCAGCUUGCCUAGUAUUGCCGUGACGUUGCCUGUGGCGGAAAAUUUGAGAUGGCAGCAGGAACAGUUUAAGCAAAGGUACAUAGAGUUAGAAGAAAUAGACCGAGGAAGAUUUUCGAUCGUCCGUUUAGCAAGAGACAGGGGGACCGGAGAAGAAGUAGCAUUGAAACAAAUUUCUCGACGAAAACAGUCUCAUCAGGUGACCCAAGCGGAGUAUUCGCUGUUAGCAGGAAUGCAACAUUCCAACAUCAUCAGAUCGUUGGCUUUGUUUGAUAAUGCUCCAUUACCUGGCAUCGAUACGAUCAUAUUGGAAUUAGUCAAAGGACCUUUAUUAUUUAAGUAUAUUAGUGAUAAAGAAACUUACAGUGAGUCAGAUGUAAGAAACUAUACGUAUCAAUUAAUAUCUGCCUUAAAAUGGCUGCACCAAAAAAGUAUUGCACAUCUAGAUGUUAAGCCCGAAAACGUAAUGAUCGAUAUAACCGUUCCCAUCCCCCUAUUAAAAUUAGUAGACUUCGGAGACUCAGUCAACACCUCCAAGAAUGUCAUCUUGCCACCAGCUUGCCUCGAAUUCGCCUCGCCUGAACUGGUUCUCGGUCAACCAGUUGGAGUCCACACUGACUGCUGGGCUGUAGGAGUGUUUCUCUAUGUCAUGCUCAGCGGAGUAUCUCCCUUCCUCGACGACUCAGUGGAAGAAACCACUGCGAAUAUUUUAAAAUGCGAUUUUUGUUUCCCCGAUGAGUAUUUUGGAGACGUAUCGCAAGAAGCCAAGGAUUUGACGAAGAGUUUGUUGGUGCUAGUUCCAGCGCAAAGGUUGAAUAUGGAGAAAAGUCUUCAAUGUGUUUGGAUAAAAGAGGCUAUCGGUUCUGCAUCUAUUCCGUCAGCACGUCUAAAAAUGUUCAUGCAGCGAAGACAUCCCAUGAAUCUUGCACCCUCGAACUUGAAUUAUUAUAAAGAAGAUGCUCUUUAGUCCCAGUCGUAGAUUAUUUGUAAAUAUAUUUUAAUUUGUGACCAAUUUGAUUAUUUCCGUUUUAGCUUGUUAAUCAAUCGUAUAUAUUUAUAAUUAUAUUUUACCUAUACAUAAAUAAACGAACUUUUGUUUAA